GUGGUUUUCGCGGUACUGUAGCGUCGGUAUCUUAUUUUCUUUUGAAAAGGAUAAAAUAAGUGAUAAUAUUGGUUUCAUAUUGUUGUGGAUUGGAGCGAACAGAUGUAAAUCAUUUCUGAGGCUCUGAAGUCGUUUGUUGUACCAUGGCGUUGUAUUUUGAAUUCUAUUAACAACAAUAUAUUGGCGAUUAAGAUAGAUUGUUGGGUAAAUACAAUUUCACGAUAUUCUCGAACUGUCUUUGUAUAAGAGCGUUACGUCAGCCGGCAGCGGUCUAAUGACUGCUCGCCUUAAUACAAAAUGGAGGAAUCUGAGGACAACAUGAGUGCUGAAGAAAUUAAGUUUGAUGAUGGCCCCAUUAAAAGUAAGCCAAAAAAGAGGUCUCUUGUUGAAAGGGAAUUGGAAACAAGCUUAACUGCGCGAAUAACGUCGCCUCUGACAACUGGAGAUGCAACAAGCACAAGUCGUUAUGGUAGGGCUCGCCGUCUUAAAUCAGACGCAGAGCUGUGUGACUUGGAGAGAAAUGUAUCCAGACUCCACAAGUCUCCUAAAUUUGAUAAAUCACCCAGCAAAAUGCAAUCUGCUGCCUAUAAGAUGCAUGCUUCAAACUCUCCUAUCAAAAAUGAAACUCCAAAGCGUGAUGAUACUUUAGAAAAUCAGAUAGAGAACAUUUAUAAUGAGAAUGUUUCCCUUAGUCGAUUUGGUUCUGAGGAGAAAGCUUGCAUGUCAGCAACUAAGAAAUCCCCUAAAGUCUAUAUAAGAAAAGACCUGAUACAGAGUAAAGAAAAGGAGGAUGACACUGUUGUUCUUAUAAAAAACAUGUUUUCUCCACACAGUGGCAAAAAGUCUAAUAAUCAUUUGACAAACUACAUGGAGAGAUCUUCUGAAAAGUAUGAUGUAAAAAAACCUAUUAAUGGAUACUUAAAUACAUCUUCUGUGGUGAAAACUUUAGAUUUUGAUAGUAAAAAGAAAAAAAAAGAAGAGAAAAAAAUGGUUUUGUCGAAAAGUGAGCUGUUCAACUUAGAAGCACAAUGCGAGUAUCAAGUUGGAGACUUGGCUUGGGCAAGAAUGGGAACAUAUCCAUUUUGGCCUUGCAUCAUUACGAGAGACCCUCUUAGUGGAACGUUUGUUAAAAAGAAGUUGUAUGGACGUUUAGAAAGGGAUGUACUUCAUGUAACAUUCUUCGGAGACAAUGGACGCCGCGGCUGGAUCGUAGGCACUAUGCUCCGUAAGUUUCUUGGUCAACUGGAGUUCGAAGUGGCAAGGGCAAAUUUUCCAUCUGAGACUAAGAAAAAGGAUCCAAGAUUGUAUGCUGCAUUUUUGAUAUCUGAAAAAAAAAUGCCACAAUGGCAAGUGUCUGUUGAAGAAGCAGAAAUAUUGUUAAGAGAGCCAAAAAGAUUAAGAAUCGAUAUUUUAAAUGAAAUGCUUCAAAAGGGAACAGAAAUAAAAACCAUACCAAAGCAUGAGAAAAGCAAGAAAAUUGUUAGAACAAACAGUGAUGUGUCUCUAAGUGAGAGUUUGUUAGAUACAUUGUUUUCUGAAGAUGACACUAAAGGAAAAGACAUAGAAAGAGCACGAAGCAAGAGUGGGAAUAGGUCUUUAGAUGUGUCUGAUGUUGUCACUGCAUGUCUAGAUAAUAUGGCUGCCAAAACUGGUAUAACUAAGAUUCAAAGACAAUCUCAUAUGGAUAGGUGGCUACAGAAAGCAAAGUCCAAAACACCCGAGAAAUCUCAUCUGCAAUCUCAUCUAUCUCUGAAAAUGGAGAAAGAUAACAAAGUAAGUAACACUGCUAAAUUAAAAAAAAAACUGCCCAAAAAAUCUCCACCUAACAAGCCUCAUAAUUAUAGAAAAAAUAUCACAGAAUCUCAAUAUGAAACUGAAAAAAAACUGUUGUCACAUCAAAAUGAACAUGACUAUAGCCUACGAUAUCGUGGUAGUGGUCCUGUAAUUUUAGAUGCCAUUGAAAUUGAAUACGAAAAUGCAGAAAUGUUUACAAGUGACGUUAUAGAGCCAGGAUCAGGUUUGGGUAUCAUUUCUAAAGUUGAAACACUGUGUGGUAAAGACCAAGCUGGCAAUAAUGACCAAACUGACGUAAAUAUGACAAAUUCUAGUGACAAAUUUACUAUAAAUCGGGUAAAUAAUAUUGAAAAUACGCAUAUCAAAAGUAAAGUUAGUUUACAUAGUAAUCAUGAAAAAUCAGUAGACUUAGGAAGUGAAUCAUUUCAGGUCAAUGGAAAUUAUACUCUAUCAUUAUGUACAAAUGAAUCAGAUAUCAUGGAAAUGAAAAAUAAAAUGAAACCAAUUAAACUAGAAACUUCGGAUACUAUUGUAGCAAUAAACACCAAGGAAAGCAAAAAUUAUUUAGAAACUUUAUCCAGCGAUGAUACCUUAAAAGGCACUGAAAUAAUAAAGGAAUCAGAUUUUUAUUUAUCACAUCAAUAUGUUUUAGAUGAUGCAAGUUUGGAUAACGAAAGUGCAGACAUAGAUAUAUUAUAUACACCAACUAUACAAAAAAAGAAUAGUGACAUUGACCAGAUGUACGAUAGUGUUGAAGUUCAAACUGUUGAUCGAAAUAUUUCUCUAAUAGCAACCAAAGCUUUAACAGGUGAACAAAUAUACCCUAAAGGUCAUAUAGAAGUCAGUGAUUCUAAAGUGGCACAAAAUCAGUUAAAAAAUAAUGAUGAGUUGCCUACUUUAAAAAGCAUUAAUAAAAACAUAACCGUCCGGGCAUCGCCAGAAAAAGAAAGUGAUCAGAAAGAAAUUGUUUUCAAGAAUAAAGAGGCAAAUAUUCAUAAUUCGAAAAAUACACCUAGAAAGGUAAGCUUAGACGUGUAUGAUAAAUGCGGAAAUAAAGAUUUUCUUGACGUAUCCACUAACAUCUUAAAAAAAAAUAACUUAGAACAGGCAACAAAAACCAAAUUAAUUCAAAAUAAAACUUUUGAGUUUGACAAUGAAAACCAAUCAACAAAUUUAAGUAUACAAGGCUUAGAAUCGCCUUAUGUUAUAUCCAAGAGACAAGUGACAACCAAUUGUACUGAAAACAAUACACCGACGAAUGUUAGUUUAAAUGUAUAUGCUGAUGAUGCGAUUGUAGAUUUCCAUGAUGUAUCAACUAACUUCUUUAACAAUAACAUUUUACAACAGUCGAGUGUUAUGAAAGAUGAGUUCCUGCAAAAUAAAGAGCUGCAGCUAAAUUGUAGGAAUAAGACUAAAAAUUUAAGUAUACAAAGCUCAGACUUGUCUAAUGUUAUAAUCAUGAAGGAUUAUGUUGAUGAUGGUAUUGUAGAUUUUCCUGAUAUGACCAAAACUUCUAAAGAAAAAAUAAUUACGAAAAACACUACGCCAAACAAAGAAACAGAAAUAACUGUAAGUUUCCUUGAAUAUAAUGAGUUGAAGUCCAAUAAUUCGAAUCCUAAAAAUGAAUUUACUGAUAUAAGUACAAAAAGCCGAAAUGUGCCAAAUGUCGUUAAGUUAAAUAACUAUGUGGAUGAAGGCAUGGAAGAUUUUCCAGACGUAUUCACAAAAAAUGGUGAAAAAAAUCAGUUGAUGGAGUCAAUGGGUUUGCGCAAGACUGUCAUCAAUAAGCCAUGUCAUGUAAAUAAUCGACAAAAUGACCUUAAAGAGUUUGAAACUCAAUUGUAUAAUAUUUUUGGUAUAUCAAAUAAACAGUCACUAAAAUCCAGAUUAAAUUUAUCUCUUAACAAAUCUUGUAGUAAAAAUACUAAAAUUAAUGAAGAAUUUAAAACUAUAGAUAAAGGUAGUCUGAAUAAUUCAAACCAUGAGUCCGAAUGUAAGAAAAGUACAGUACAAAAUAAUAAAUUAUACGAUAGUAAAAUAACAAAUGUGUUGGUUAGUAUACUUGAGGUAAGUCCGGCAGAAAACGAAGUAUUUUUUCAAAAAAAUCAUAAAAAUCAUAGUGAGAAAAACUUUACCGAUAGUAGUACCGCGAAAAAUAAUAAAAUAACUAGAAAAGCAGUUUCGCAACUGGAAAGCGAUACCAUAGAAAGUCAUUGUAAAGAAGACAAGGUGAUUUUGACUAAGAACUCAAUCGAUAUAAAUGGCGGGGAUACAAAUCACAAAGAUGAAAGUAAAGAACCAUUAGCAGCAUUUCAGUCAAGGUUGAAACCUCACGCUAGUAAACCUAAUACUGAGAGGAAGACAUUAAUCAGUAAAGAUUCAGAAACUGCGAUUAAGUAUAAUAAUGACAUGAUAGAAAAUAUUGGAAUUAAUUCAUAUGAUAGCGACAAGUCGUUACAAAAGACAGAGUUACCUAAUGAACAUAAAUUGUCUAAUGAUGCUCGAAAAGCAUUGAAGAAUUCUGAUUUUUUAAAAUACAUUGAGUUAAAACAAGACGCGCUCAUUGAUGAACAACCUGAACUUACUGAAGUGGAAGUAACAAAUUACCUGUAUAAAACGUGGUUGUAUGAAGAGAGUUUAAAAACAGAUGUCAUGAAAACUGAUGACAUUGAAAAUGCCAAACUAGUAAAUGGUCUACAGAAAAGCCCAAUAAAAAUCAGGCUUUCUCUUAACAAAUCAAGUAGAAAGAAUAAAAAAAGGUAUAAAGUUCAAAUAACGACAGACGAUGAAAACUUAACAAAUUCUCCUGAUGUAUUUGAAACGAAAACAAAUAAAAUUGAUUUCAUUAAUAUAAAUAAAAACAUAAAUGAUGUUUGUAUAAAUCAAUCUGAAUUAACACUCAAAAGGAGUAAACGCAUAAUACGAAAUGGUCACUAUAGUGCAAGUUUUGAGAAAUAUUGCAAUAGUAGUAUUGAAACAGACAGUUAUACAGACAGGCAAAAAGGUCUAGAACUGACAGCAAAGGAUAGUGGUGCAAAUUGUAGUAGUGCGUGUCCAGUCGAAAUUAAAGAAAACAUUUCUAAGGAAAGCGCCAUUUCUAAAGAAUUUUCAACAGUUUCUGGUAAACUCAACCAAAUCGAAAAACAUUUACAUUCCUAUGAUGAGAUUGACUGUGUAGAAAAACUAUCACCAAAUGUAAGUGAGCUUGUUAAGCAGAAUGGUGGUCAUGAUGGCAAACUAAAAUCAGGAAAAACAUUAAAUGUUUUGAAUACUGAUUCAAACUCAAGUGGUGAAGACGAAGACCCAUUAGUAGCGCAUCAGUUACGAUUGUCACUUUCCAAAAACCAAUCUGCUUAUGUUGCAGAUGGUGAGAUAAACAUGAAAAAAUCAACCGACAGUAAAGAAGAGACAUACAAAACCGAAAAAGACGUCACAGACCUUUCAGUAAAAUCAGAAGAUGGUGAAAUUGCAUAUAAGAAUAAAAAAUUACGAACCUUUGAUUCGUCUAAUGAUACUAAAGAAGAUUUAAUCAAUCCGGAUUUUUUAAAAUAUUUAGAAUUAAAACAGGACACGCUAAUAGAUGAAUACCCCGAACUGACUGAAGAGGAUAUAACUAAUUAUUUGUACAAAACAUGGUUAUAUGAGGAGAGUUUGAAGAACGAUAUUAAAAAAGCAGAUGAUAUUGAAACUGUUACAAAUUUAGUAAAAGGUCUCAAUCAAGAGACCGCGCCAGUUAAAAGAGUUCGUAAGAAGAAACUUGAAAAAGAUAAACAAAUAGACUUUAAUCUUGCUUCUGAAGAUAUCCCGCGUAAAGAAAAGUCUAAACGAAAAAUUAUAAAACAAUAUUUUUAUAAAGAAAAUUUUUCCGAUAUAGAGGAUGACAUCGAAUUUUUUGAAAUAUUUCAACCGAAAUCUAAAACAACGAUGCCGAUUAAAUCUCUACCAAUAAAGGAUACUUUUAAAAUUGAAACCGCGGAUCGAAGUUUAAACAUCCAAACUUUUGAUCCUCAGGUUGAGUUUGUGCCAGACGCAAUAGAUGAAGUCGAGGAGUAUUUUAGGCAACUGACUGUUCCUAAGCCAAAUUUAUUUAAAGGUUUACUAAGAGAAAAGUUGUGUGAGAUUUGCGAAAAAGGCUACAAUCUUAUAAAGUGCAAAGGGUGCUACUGUAUGUUUCAUGUUGACUGUGUUAAGAAGAAAACUGAAAUAAUCGAAGUAACUUCCAGUGUUAGAGGAAGGAAGAAAAAGAAAAAACCCAGGGGCAGAAAGCCAAAGGACCACAACAGCCUUGAUUCCGAUUAUCAAAACGACGAAAGAUCCCAAGAUCCCAACGCUUCCGAUGAAAUGCUAAAUACGUCUAUAGAAAAUGACAUUGAACCUUAUGUAAUUGCAAAUGCUGACGAUUUUGAAGCUCAGCUAGCUGUGAAAAUGAAGGAACUCCUUGAAAAUCCUGAAAAUAAUUUGGAAAAUGAUGCCUAUUCAAGCGCAGAAGAACUAGAUUGGAACGAUACAGAUUACGGUGAAUGCAAGAUUGUUGAUGUAUUGCCACGUAAGAAAAAUCUAGGGAACGACAUCGACUAUUCCAAUUUUAAAUGCAAUGACUGUCAGAAAUACGAAAUUCCGGUUUGUUUCGUGUGUAAAACAUCUGUAUCUCCGAAGAAUAAGGCUGCGCAUAGACAACGAUGUCAAGUGGCCCACUGCCAAAAGUAUUAUCAUUUAGAAUGCUUAGACCAUUGGCCGCAAACUCAGUUUAACGCUGGGGAGCUUUCUAGAAAAAACAAUAGCAAUCAGCUUGUGGAGGCUUUGACUUGUCCACGCCAUGUUUGUCAUACGUGUGUAUGCGACGAUCCCAGAGGAUGUAAGACGAGGUUCAGUGGAGACAAGCUUGCCCGAUGUGUGAGGUGUCCGGCAACUUACCAUACCUUUACGAAAUGUCUUCCAGCAGGCUCUCAAAUACUAACUGCCUCGCAUAUUAUUUGCCCGCGGCAUUAUGAACACAGGCCGGGAACGCAGCCGCGCCACGUCAACACAGGCUGGUGUUUCAUAUGCGCCCUUGGUGGUACACUGAUAUGCUGCGAGUACUGUCCAACCUCCUUCCACGCAGAGUGCCUUAACAUAGAUCCGCCUGAAGGUGGAUACAUGUGUGAAGACUGUGAAACUGGUCGAUUGCCAUUGUAUGGCGAGAUGGUUUGGGUUAAACUAGGACAUUAUAGAUGGUGGCCCGGUAUAAUCCUGCACCCUUCAGAGAUCCCGUUGAACAUCCAAGCCGUGAAACAUUCGCAGGGCGAGUUUGUGGUGCGGUUCUUUGGACAAUACGACUACUAUUGGGUGAAUAGAGGCAGGGUGUUUCCUUUCCAAGAAGGUGAUUCCGGCAGAAUAACAACUCAAAAAUCGAAAAUUGAUGCCGCUUUCACCAUGGCGAUGGAGCAUGCACAGAGAGCUUGUGAGAUCUUAAAAACCGCAUCACCAAACGAAGUGGAAUCGAUGGACAUAGCGUCAUCUCUACUACCACCGCACUACGUGAAGUUAAAAGUGAACAAACCGUGCGGCUCUUUAUGCGGGAAGAAGAUAGAUAUAGAGGAGAGCUCGCUCACACAGUGUGAAUGUGACCCCAACGAGGUUGACCCCUGCGGGCCUUAUACACAGUGCCUUAAUAGGAUGUUACUAACAGAAUGCGGGCCUACUUGUCGGGCCGGCGACAGAUGUAAUAAUCGCGCUUUCGAGAAGCGACUAUACCCUAAAAUGACACCCUACAGAACAUCGGCCAGGGGAUGGGGUUUAAAAACCCUCCAGGAUGUCAAAGCGGGUCAAUUUGUAAUAGAAUACGUGGGCGAGUUGAUAGACGAGGAGGAGUUUAAGAGGCGCAUGCGUAGGAAACAGGAAGUGAGAGACGAGAACUUCUAUUAUCUCACUUUGGACAAGGAGCGGAUGAUCGACGCCGGACCUAAAGGCAAUUUGGCCAGGUUUAUGAAUCACUCUUGCGAACCAAACUGUGAAACUCAAAAGUGGACCGUAUUGGGAGAUGUUCGUGUGGGUUUAUUUGCAAUCAAUGAUAUACCAGCAAACAGUGAACUCACUUUCAAUUAUAAUCUGGAGUCAACGGGUAUAGAGAAGAAACCUUGCAUGUGCGGCGCAAAGCGAUGCUCCGGUUACAUAGGAGAGAAACCUAAACAGGAGGACCAACCAAAGAAAAACAAACCGGCGAUACCAACCAAGCGUUCAUACAAAAAGCGAAAAAAUAUAGAACUGUCACCUUCCACCAAACCGAAGCAAAAAGUUGGCAGGCCAUACAAACCGAGGGAGUUAACGGAGAUCGAAAAGGACCUACUAAUAAUCAAGAAUGCCACUAACAGUAUAUCAAGUGAAUCAGAAUCAAGUAGUCUACUGAGUAUUGAUAGUAAAGAUUCUAAGGGAUUGAAACGUAGGAGAACGGAUGAUAUAUUUUCACCAUGUACGAAGAAAUAUAAGUUUGAGAAACCUAUUGAAAGUGACAUCAACCUAGAAUCAAAUAAUUGAGGUAUAUUGGAAAACGCCAAGUAGCAAUAUAACUAAUUAGUUAAUUAUUGAUUAAGAUUAUUUCAUUUUGCAUUAUUGAAUUUUUGAAUAUUCACACUUAUUCACAUAGAUUACUAUGAAAAAUACCGACAACUUGUUAGCGGCACGUGUUUGCCGGUAUUACGAUUUAGCGUUCCGGUACAAUUUCACGUAGAAACCGAUUACGGAUUGGGGUUGAAUAUAACACCCAGGUUGGCCUGUUACCAUCUAAGUCUGCAUAAUAACUUGCAAGCAGGUGAGAUUGCAGAUACGAGCUUGAAAAGCUAGCUAAAAAAUUUGUUACGCCUUAAAAGUGCCUUAUUUAGGUCUAUUUUGGUAUGCGACUUAGACUGCAUAUGCACACAUCUGAUUAUUUAAAGAUUGUGUGAUGUCAGGCCCUAACAUGUUAGCCCGCUACCAUCUUCAUACUGUAUCAUAACUUUAAGGUCUACACCUGAAAGUUAUGAUACAGUAUGAAGUUGCACUCAUAGACUUGUGGAAAAAAAAGAUUAGAUUAUCCGCUACACCAAUGACGACACGAUUUGACCAUCUUGUAAAGGAUUCGUACGGGAUUAAAAAAAAUCCUUUUCAGUAAAUUUCUGUUUCUAUUGUAUUGCUUUUUUUAAUGAAAUUAUACACACUUUGUAGUAAUGUUUGUGAAUCAGGAGUUUUAGUAUUUAGGAGUUCAGUAAUGUUUGGGAAUAUGUGUAAGAACUUUACACGUAAAUUGUGCCGUAGAAAGGAUGUAUCAAGAAAUGGGAUGGUUUCCAUUAGUUCUAUGGAACGACUAUGGAACUAGUUUAAAGUUCGAAGAAACGAAAGGAAAAGAAACUAGAGCAAUUUUUCCUAUCGUGAUCCUAUCCAUAGAUUAAAUGUGAAUUACCCAUGGAAGGAUUUAACGUUUUAAUUGUACAUUGAAGCUCACAUUUAUUCAUCCGAACUGCGUCUUCGGUGAUGCACAAAUUUUCGGAAUACAUUCGAGAUGACACAAGAUGCUCGGUGAAAACGGCGCAUCAUGAUUGGUUGCCACCGCAUACGCAGUUAGGAUGAAUUGGUUUGGCUUUCGCUUGCAUUAAUUGAUAAAGUAUAUUGUACAACUAGUGCAUAAAACAAGUUAUUUUAUCCGAGACGUGUAUAGAUAUAUUAAGUCUCAGAUUACAUGUUUUAUGACAGGGUUAUACAUUCUUACUUUUCACGGUUGCGAAGAAAUCAUGUAGUGAUAUUGUACGUAUUACGUAAAUGUCACAUUAAAAUGUUUUUUUUUUGUUGGUGGUUUUAUGUAAGUGAAGUCUAUAUAUAACAAGGGUUAGGGCGGAUAACUAUACUGCCUUAUCGUAAGUCCAUGUUUCAUGAAAAACUUUACUGGCCGAAAUAGAAAUUCCACACAAGCUUUAUCUUUCUUUUGGCUGUGAAAGCUUAUGCA